GGUCAUUAGUGGGCGUGAGGAUCAGCAUUCUAACCCAGGCCUGAGCUGUGAAUCAAUCAAACCUAAGCCAUUCACCCAAUCAGCAUAAAGUGCCGGCGUGGAGCUACUAUGCAGGUCAGACGCGGAGAGUGGUUUGCAGAGCGCAGACGACUCGCGAGGUCCCUCAGUACAAGUCGCGGGAUUUUGGCGCGCUCUUUUUGUUGGCUGGGUGUUCUUGCCGGUGAUUGGUUCCGGACUGUCGCGGCUGCUGGGUCGAUCUCGGUUGCACAGAGGCGGCACGGCUCUGGGCUGGCCUCCUGGGGGAUGGGCCACCAGGAAUCUCCACUGACCAGAGCAGCGGCGGGAGGUGCAGCUUACAUAAAGAGGUUACGUAAAGUGCUCAGCUGGCGCGAACUCGAGGACAGCCACGGGGAUCUGGAAGCCCAGGCCUCCCCCGGGAGCGUUGCUGUCACUGCAGGAGCAGCGCCGCGACCGGCUGCACGUCUCGCCCGGGUCACCGCCUCGCGCCCUACGCGGCUCGGCAGACAACCUCGGCUCGGAACGGACCAUCAUCCGGCGCGGGCUCCAGGGGGGAACCGGUCCGCCCGGAAGUGGAACAGCGCCGGGCAGAUCACAAUCCAAGGUACCGCUCCUCCGCAUCUCGGGGCUAGACGGAGGGAUGAGGCAGGGGGGGCCCGGGCGGCGCCGUUGCUGCUCCCCCCGCCUCCCGCAGCCAUGGAAACGGGGAAAGAGAACGGAGCCCGCAGAGGGGCAAAAAGCCCGGAGCGGAAAAGGCGAAGCCCAGUGCAGCGGGUGCUCUGCGCGAAGCUGAGGCCGGCGGCCCAGGCUAUGGAUCCCGCUUUGGCCGAGGCCCCGGGCGAGGCCUUCCUGGCCCGGCGGCGGCCAGAGGGCGGCGGCGGCGGCGGUGGUAGCCCUGCUCGGCCGCGCUACAGCCUGUUGGCAGAGAUCGGGCGCGGCAGCUACGGCGUGGUUUACGAGGCUGUGGCUGGGCGCAGUGGGGCCAGGGUGGCAGUCAAGAAGAUCCGCUGCGACGCCCCCGAGAACGUGGAAUUGGCGCUAGCUGAAUUCUGGGCCCUGACCAGCAUGAAGCGCCGUCACCAGAAUAUCGUGCAGUUUGAGGAGUGCGUCCUGCAGCGCAACGGGCUAGCCCAGCGCAUGAGUCACGGCAACAAGAACUCACAGCUGUACCUGCGCCUGGUGGAGACUUCACUCAAAGGAGAAAGGAUCCUGGGCUAUGCUGAGGAGCCCUGCUAUCUCUGGUUUGUCAUGGAGUACUGUGAAGGUGGAGACCUCAAUCAGUAUGUCCUGUCCCGGAGACCAGACCCCGCCACCAACAAAAGCUUCAUGCUACAGCUUACAAGCGCCAUUGCCUUCCUGCACAAAAACCACAUCGUGCACAGGGACCUAAAGCCAGACAACAUCCUCAUCACAGAGCGGUCUGGCACCCCCAUCCUCAAGGUGGCAGACUUUGGACUGAGCAAGGUCUGUGCAGGGCUGGCACCUCGAGGCAAAGAGGGCAAUCAAGAUAACAAAAAUGUGAAUGUGAAUAAAUACUGGCUGUCCUCAGCUUGUGGCUCAGACUUCUACAUGGCUCCCGAAGUCUGGGAGGGACACUAUACAGCCAAGGCGGACAUCUUUGCCCUGGGCAUUAUCAUCUGGGCAAUGAUAGAAAGAAUUACUUUUAUUGACUCUGAAACCAAGAAGGAGCUCCUGGGGACCUACAUUAAACAGGGGACUGAGAUCGUCCCUGUUGGUGAGGCGCUGCUAGAAAACCCAAAGAUGGAGUUGCAUAUCCCCCAGAAACGUAGGACUUCCAUGUCUGAGGGGGUGAAGCAGCUCUUGAAAGACAUGUUAGCUGCUAACCCACAGGACCGACCUGAUGCUUUUGAACUUGAAACCCGAAUGGACCAGGUCACAUGUGCUGCUUAAACUCCAGGGCUGAACGUCUUGGGUGUUUUUAAACUAGGUCGAUCCUUCGGGACCCACAGUCUCAUCAUGUCUCGGACAGGAUGGCAGAGGGUACAGGUGGUGGCGAUCUCCUGACAGCUGGACCUCCCACAAUGUGAAGCUUUUGCUUGGGUUUCCCACGCUACCCUUUUCUUUUUCCUUUGUUAUAAUAAUAAUUAUUAUUUUAAACAUUAAACCAUCAAGACUUCUGAAGAGCAGAAGGCUACACUCUGGACAGGCACCUUUGUAUUGUUUGAGUUUUUGUUUUGUUUUUAAGAACAUUGAAUGUGGGCAAAGCUUAUGCAUAUAUUCACCGUUAAUCCGUUAAUUUCUUAAGUUAGGAAACAAUUUUAGUUUUAUCUUUCAUGUUCUGUUUUCUUUCUUACACAUCUUUCAGUUUUGCUCUAGCAUCCCAUUUCCCAAAGAAGUUCUAUCUGCCCCGAGUUUCGGUUUCUCCUGGAAAGGGAUACGAAGAUACAAGGAAGCAGCCUCCGAGUUCCCUCCCUACCAGACGUGGGAGCUCUUGUACUCCUUGGAUGGGCUGGUCCUGGCCAGCCCUCAGGCCUCAGUCAGGAUCAGAGAUGAAGAAGCUCUCAGAAGAGGAAGACCAGGGUUUGGCCAGAAGGACUCUAAAGAAGACCUAAACCAUGGGUUUGGUUCUCUUUUAAGUUCUUGGGAGCCUCAGGCCAUACCAGGACUCACUGUAGUUGGAAUUGCUUCCUUCUGCCCUUUCCAAGCGGAGUCCCUGAGGAAGGAGACUGAGAGUGAUCAUCCCAUCACUUGGGGAUAAAGACCCCCCACACCCACCCCACUUGCACAAGCCUAUCUUCUAUUAGGACUGUUGUGCUGACCCUUGUCACUUGGUCUUCCUUGGCCUCUGGCCACUGCUCUGAGGCCAAUACCUUUUUCCCUGGAUUUUGCCUCCUGGAUUAUCUUCCCAGGGUGCUGCAAGUCCAGCCUGUCAUAGAGACUACCUAGCCCCAGUUUUGACCAUUGCAGAGUACCCUCAACUGGCUGCUGCCAUCAUUUCCUCACAGUGAAAGGUGUGCCCUGUGUAUCAGGAUCCAUGGUGUCACUCACCACCGGGUGAUACUGUCAAGCGCCAUCUCUCUUACCCCCAGGGACUUCGUGUUAGGUGAUCACCCUCUUUGUAACUGUUGUCUGAUGAGAAGAGAAAGGACCUGCCUUGAAUAGGGAGGUAUGGGGCAGACAGGGAUGCCCACAUGGCUACUAGAGGGCUCGUAGAGCAGCUAGCCGUCUUAAAGCAUCCCAACCUAGAUCCCCGUGACUCUGCUGUCUGUCUGCAUAGCCUUUCACUCUUAACUCCCUGCAGUGUUCUCACAGCCUCCUAAGGGACGAUACCUUCCCUCCAGCUGCUUCAUGGACCCUGUCAUUCUCUCUGGCGCAUCCCUCGACUGGGACGCACCUUCGGUUGCUCCAAAACUUUUCCAGAUUGUUCAUCCUGUUCUGGUCACAUGAGAUGGGGUCUCUGGACAAGGAAGGAAGGUAUCUAUCUGUUUGUUUAUCUUCCUAAACUAGCAUAGGACAGGUAGGGAAGUGAGAGGCCAAGGAGAGCUUUUCUUCCAGCAGCUGUCCCUUGGUCCUGUAGUGUGGGAAGGCCAUCACAACACUGAACCCUGAUCAGCUCUGUCCACUUGCAUUUCCCAGCCUUCUCUCAGGCAACUCAGCACCAAAGUUUCUUCCUCUUCUUGGCCAGAGGUCAGCUGCUGUUCCUGUGGGUACAUGGCUGCAGGUGGUAAUGUAGGCCCUUACCUUGCGCUGUACUGUGAUAGCAUCUUGUCUCCUUGAGUGACUUUUUAAGCAGCCUCUUGAGCCUAAUCAGAGAAGCACCUGGGAGGGUGGGAGCAGCAGCCGCCCCUAAUUGCAAAGUACAUUCCAUUUCUGUUCCACGUCCCUCCCUUCCCCUGGGCGCUGCUGUCUCUGUGCCUGAGCAGAUGGGAAAAGCAGUCUCUGAGCUCAGGACCCCACACUUCCUGCUGUAGUCCUGCUCUGGGUUCCUAGCAAAUCACUAGUCUACCGACCUUGCCCUUUCUCGUCCCUGUCUCUUGGCUCUCUACAAUCAAGACCUGGGUUACGGUGCUUUCCCACCGGACUUUUCUUGGUGUCAAAGCAGCCCCCAUUGGUUGUGGGUGGGUAGCCCGGGGAGGGGUAGCCUGCUUCCCUGCACCUUAUCUUCCAUGCUCCCAGCUGGCUCUGGCCUGAUGAGUGCACCUCUCUCUAUCUCUGGCUCAGAUGAGAGCCAGGUCUUGAGCCCCAAGUGCCUGUUCCUGGGUUUGUUGUUGUUUUUUGUUUUGUUUUGUUUUGUCGUCCCCCCCCCCCUUGCAGUCUAUGCUAUCACCUACCAGCCAGAUGGAAGCUGGCCCGGUGACACGCUUGCUGUGCUGUGGCCAGUGAGGCAGCCCCCGGUGGGCUCUAUAGUCUUCCCAAAGCCUGGCUCUCCGUCUCUCUUAGGGAUCAGCAUCCUUGUCCUCUGUUCCUCCCCUUCUGCCUCUAUAUGGGUUGCAGGCCUGCCAGUAGCUCUGUGGGGCAUCAUCUCAGGUGCCUCCAGGUUUGUUAGAUCUGUCCACAUUCUAGAAGUUGCAGAACUUCUAACGUUUGUCCCUUUUCUUGGGUGUGAGGGUUGCCUGUUGGGAGACUGUCCUGGCCUGAGUUCUCUGCGCUCAGGCUCAGCUCCCUGUGAGUGAAGGACAGAUCAUAGUGCCUUAUUCCAUUGUCCUCCUCUGUCCAGACUCUGCCAGAAGCAGGUGGCUGUCUUCUGUGUCCAUUUGUCACUGUACUCAUACUCUCCACCUGUAUAUAGCCACAGGGGACGGAAACCUCUGAGCCCCCACCCACCUCCCGUGGGCUGUAGCCAGACACACCUCCCUCUUGCCUCUGUGGCCCUUCCAGCAGCUCUAGACCAGGACCAAAUGCUGCUGCCCACACAUGCACACUGCCUUUGUCCCUCCCUGUUCAUACCUCUAGCCAGGAAGACACCGACUGCACCAUGGGAACUGGCUCCAGCUAACCCCUUCUGGUCAUUGGAGACUAAGGGUCGGGCUUUAGCCUCCCUCGCUCUAGGGCAUUGGGGCGGGGAGUAGGAACUCUAGUCCCACCUUGUAGGGUUUGCCCUUUGGCUGCCUGAGGGAUGUUUUAAUGUUUACUUAAAGAAAUACCCUGUUUACAGCUGGAGGAAAAGUGCGCCCACUCUAGGUGAAGAUCUGAGUCUGGAUAGGGCCCGGCCUCCCUGUGGCACUGCCAGCGGUGACUCCAGUGGCAGAGAAGGUGGAUAGAUGCCUGGAGUGAGCCCGAGGCCCCUGACUCACUGGCUUCGUAACCCCGUGGUGCUAAGACCACUCCUGUCCUCCUCACAGCCUUCUUGCCCCAACAGUCCCGCCCCCCUCAUUCCUUCCUCCAAGAUUUUCAGCUCUAACAUAUCACUAUUUUAGAAAACCAGUGUUCGCAGCAAUAAGGUUAUGUUGUUUUUGUGUGACUAUUUCCAAGAACAGGAAAAGAACAUUGUGGGAAUCUUUAUGCUAUUAGCUGUUUACUGUGUUAGAAGACAGCAUAAAGGAUGGAUUGUAUGUGGGUUUUAACCUUUAGGUUUCGUUUGCAAACUUGGGAAGAGCAAGAGUCUAACUGCUAUCCUCCAACGAGGGAACGUUACUGCCCUGCCUUAUUCCGUUGCCCCCCUCAACCCUGCUCACCUCAUGUGAGCUCUUCCCACCUCGUCUCUUGAUCAUUUGCCCCGCCUUCCACAUCUGGAGGCACUAGUGGCUCAACUCCAGGUGGGUCUUUGGGUUAUCCCUACCCUUGACUGGGUUCUUUCUCCCCAUCUGGCAGCGCCAGACAGCUGCUGGGAGUCUACCUCAGAAUUGGCUAAGCUUGGUAAUUCAGCUCUCCAGGCCAGCAGACUGGAAGCUGAUGCCUCUGCCUUUGCUGAUUCUGAGUUUGUCAUACAGCCCUCAGGACAGCAUAGGGUUGACUUUGAGGGAAAGGAGCCUUGUCUGGAAACAUGCUCUGGGAGGGGAGCCCAGUAGGUAUUCUAGAGCAUUGGCUGAUGUCAGCAUCCACAGCCAUCUCUGAGGGACGCAUCUACUGCCAUUGCUUGCCUGGGGGCCCCUAGGAUUGAGGGGAGUACCAGGAGUGAGCCUUUUUUUUUUUUUAAUCCAAGUGAGACCAUAGGAAGAAGGAAACCUACUUAGGGGGUAUUUUUUAAAAAAAAAUUACAUCCCAAAGGCUACUUACCAUCAAAACCAGAGGAUAUUUCAGUUAUUCUUAAUGCUCAUGUGGGUCAGACUUGGUUUUGAGGGAGAUUUAAAGCCAGGCACAAGGUUAGUUUCAAUACUAGUUAAUCUAAUUUUCCUUUUUUUUUUUUUUUUUUUUUUUUUUGCACAGAAGCUGGUAAUAUAGGACCUAUGUGUGAACAACUUUAUAUGAAUAUUUUUUGUACUUGGCUUACUUGGGUUGGUAUGAUACAUUAUAUUUAAGUUCUUUGAACACUGUGGAUCCCCCUAUUGUGUAUGAAUGACUGAGCUUUGUAAAUUAAGGGACGUUUGUGUGAAUAAAGUUAUUUGAUGGGGUCUAAAAGCCAUAUGCUAUUUGCAAA